AUGCCUCCAAAAACAAGAAAGAGGGGGCGUAAGGAGGGACAAAGAAGCUCCGAUGGUAGUUCAAAAAGAAAAAGAAAACCGAGCAGACGGUUGGUUGAAGCUCAAAAUCAAAGCUCGGAUGGGCCCCUGAAUUCAGACAAUCCAGAGAGUGAAGCAGCACCGGCAGUACCUUUAUUAGAUGAAAGCGUCAGUAACCAGACGGUACAGGGUCCGACACAGCCGGACAAGGGCGCAGGGCCAGGUAUUGUGUUUUCUUCCACAAUACAUUGUCCUUUGAAUGAAACUGAAUGGAUAGUCAGAUCGAAAACAAAAUUAUGCCAGGGAUCUGAUGUCUACCAUUGCUUACUUGUUGAGGAUGGGAAAUCCAGAAAAGAGAAAUGUAUUGAGAAAACUCUCAUUUUGCAAGGACACUGUCCAAUUUUCACAAAAGAUGACUAUCUGCAUUGGAUGACAUGUAAUACUACUGGCUGUCCUGAUACUGCCUUCAGGAGUGACGAAGUUUACAAAUAUCCAGUCUGUUAUGGAUAUAUCGAUGAGAAAAACAAUGCUCUUGGAAAUCGACAAUUAAGCGAGGAUAACACCCUUUCUUUAAAAAUUGGCAUACCGAUAGGGUUAAUUGUUGUCUUAUUGGUUAUCAUCAUCAUGGUCAUAGUAGUAAUGAAAAAGAGACGAAUAACGCUGCCUUGUUUCUCCAGAUUCGGGAGGAACAACGAUCCAGUCAAUGAUCAUCGUCAAUCAGAAAAACUAAUUAAAAAAGAUGAAGAAGAUAAACCUGAGUACAUUGAUAUUGGUGUUCGCCAACUGAAUUCUAAAAAGGUAAUUUAUGUUAUUGGACAGCUUGGAAAUUCUGUUUCCUUUGCUGGGAAAUUAAUAACCGGUGCAUAUAAAAAUUAUCCUAAAAGCGAUGCAUAUGAAAAUUGUACUACAUGGAGUCCCAAAUACUUUAAUUACUUAGAUUUUUCUGACAAGUUUUCCAAACUUUCCUUUGAAAAAGUUUUUAAACCUAAAUCUGUGAAUUUCAUUGAUGGAUGGGGUGGACUAUGGAAUGAAAACCCAUGCGAAAGGCAGGAAACUGUGGAAAUUCUAUCAGAAAUUGUUAAGCAAGUCGAAACACAUAAAGAUAUACGAUUUGUAAUUGGGCUUCGAACAGAGAUAAGAGAUAAUUUAAAAGGACAUUUAGAUAGGCUUGGGAUUCUAAUCAAAGAGAAUGAAAGACAGGUCCUAGAUUCUAGCUCUGGCUACAAAAUACGAACCAUCGAAAAGGAAAUAAAAUCCCUUGAGAGUUCAUGUUCAAAUAAAAACUGUGAUUGUAAAAAUUUGUCCUUUGAUCGAGUUUCGGAAAUAAAUUUUGUACCUAUCGGAACAUAUCUAGUCGUAAAGCUAAUGAGACUGGAUCACAAAAUGAUACCAGAUUUUUUCAAAAAGGAUGUAGGGCCACUGGAAGCAGUUCGAAAUCAUUUUGAAGAGCUGAUGGAAGGUGAAAGAAUCUGGAAUUGGCUCCCAUAUAUCGUUUGUGUGGGCUAUCAUGACAAAACGGAAAUUAGACAAGAAAUAGCAAGUGCAUUUGACAUUCCAAAGAGCACACUGUCCAAUUGUAAAAAUAUUAAUGAAUACACAAAGACAGUGGACAAAAAUGAACUCGCUCCGAUGUGGUCACAUAAAAAGAAUCUAGUUAAAACUGAAGACAACAAGAGAGAAGGAAACGUGAUCGUGUUUUGGCAUAACUUUCUUUAUAUAUGCGCCUUUCAUGCAUGCUACAAAAAGUAUCCCCAGAAGAUAAUGCGACAUUGCAAUCUUGAUGCAAUCCUGCAAUUGGUUCGCCCUAAGAAUCAGUCUGAAGCUCUCACCAUUGAGGCAAGCAAUGAAGAAGUAGACCUGUUUUGCGAAGAAAGAUUAAGUAAAUUUGGGAAUGACAGCCUCUUUUUGGAACAUCCGUUAUUUCAAGACUGGGCAAAACGGAAAGGAGAAAUACACAGAACAUCUUGAGCUUUCCGAGCUUAAUUGGCAGAGAACUAAUGCUUAUGUGACUGCUGCAAACUGUAAGUAGAUUAUAUCAUCCCGAAAAACAUCGUUGUUUAUUCCCUAAGAGCACAUUUUAUACUUAUUUUUAAAGGGGAGUUUUCGACCAAUGCAUGUAGUCAUCAAUAAGUCAAAAUGAGAAAAUUUCACAACAAUGUGCACAAGUAUGAGAAAAUAACCCAAUGAUCAUUUAUAACAGAAUGUUUCCCCUGAACUAAAGGAUUUCAGUCAAAGUAAUA